GAGUCACGGAAAUAAGGCAUACAUGCAUAUUACAUUCUGUUUCACAAUAUUCUAUUCCGUUGUAGAAAAAAAAAUGAAUCCAUGAUAAUCCAUGUUCGGGACGUUAUUAUCUCGUUUAAGUAAAUAGUAGUCAGCAAUAACACUCGUCACUUUUCAAACUAUUGAAAUAUACCUACUUAUUUUAAUAUUAACUUUCAUCCGCUAAACGGCGUUCACUGUUCGUACGAAGCGACAAAACCAGUGGGAAUCGUUCGACGUUAUUAUUGUUCGCUCGCACAGUUGUAACUAUUCUCGUCACCGUGUUACGAUAGCCGGCCUAUCGUUUUUUUUUCUACUUAUGAUUAUAGUGCAGACACGCGAUAAUAAUUAAUUGUAGUGGCUAUUGCGUCAAAUUAAUUUAUUUUUUGCAGUUUUAUUUCGUGGUCCAUUUUUACGUUUCUGAAAAAUAGGGUAAUUUUAUAUUACAGUGCUUUUUCUAUUUUACUACUAUAAUGUCAACUAACGUCGGCAAUGGAGUGCCGGAUGGCGUGGAUGAAUUAUUGUACGAUGUUUACAGUGUCAGCUUCUGGCUUAAAGUGUUAUUAAAUGGCAGCCUGGUGGCCAUUAUUACAUUUCUGUUAAUGAAAAUAUUCAUGAAACGCAAUGAGCCCCAAGUCGAGGAAGAAGAAGAUGUGGUAUUGCCAAAAAUGAAAAAGAGAGAUUUUACCAUCCAAGAGCUACGUGAAUUUGACGGUACCAAAGGUGAUGGACGUAUUUUGGUAGCAAUCAAUGGCAAAGUGUUUGAUGUCACUAAAGGAAAACAUUUUUAUGGACCUGGUGGCGUUUACUCAACAUUUGGUGGACAUGAUGCUUCUCGUGGAUUAGCCACAUUUUCAGUUAGUGGUAAAGAUGAAUACGAUGACCUAAGUGAUUUGAAUUCUUUAGAGAUUGAAUCUAUGUUGGAAUGGGAAACUCAGUUUAUGGAAAAAUAUGAUUAUGUUGGGCGUCUAUUGAAACCCGGAGAAUCUCACAGUUACUAUACUGAUGAAGAAGAAACCCCUACAAACAAACUUCAUCUAGAAAAUCCAAAACAGUGUGAACCUGAAAAACCCAAAAACUAUGCUGUAGGAGAUUCCACAAAUAUUAAUGAAUUACCAAAAACUGAAACCAAAGAUAACAAUGAGGAAAUUAUAGACAGCAUCAUUGAUCCAUCUUCAGAUAGUAAUGAUGAGAAAGCCGAGGCCACUAAAUUAUUGGAUAUCCCAACCAAACAAGAUGAAACUCAUACCUUGGAAAAAUAGUACAAAUUAUUUAAAUUAAAACAUCGGUAUUUAUUUUCAACUAUGGGGAACUAUGAACGGUUACGUCUGUUACGGUGAUGGGAUUCAUUAUAUACUGUAAGGGUGUUAAAGUUUUUUGUUUUGUACUUAAUAAUAUGACUGAAAUCAACAAUUA